AUGAGUGAUCUGGAAUCGCUCUCUGUUAAGGAAGACAACUACAAGGGACUGGCUGUGGACGACGAGGUGAAGCCUCUCGACCUCUCGGCAAAAUCCAUUGCCCACUAUGCCAAGACUAGAUUCACCGACCUUGUCCCAUCGAAGGCGAUGAUGAAGGCCAACAAACACCUUUUGAACCCGCUGCCGGGUCUCAAACUCAUCCCUGCUAGACAGUGGGUUAUGUUUUUAUCUGCUUUUUUGGCCUGGACCUGGGACGCGUACGAUUUUUUCUGUGUUUCGUUGAACGCUGCCAACCUUGCCACAUACUUUGAUAAGACCGUGAAACAGAUUACGUGGGGGAUCACGCUCGUGCUCAUGCUGAGAUCCGUGGGUGGUAUUGUGUUUGGCUACCUCGGCGACAGAUACGGCAGAAAAUACCCGCUCUGUCUCAACAUCUUCCUCAUGGCUGCCAUCCAGUUCGGCACCUACGGAGUCAGCACCUACGAGCAAUUCCUUGGCGUGAGAGCCAUCUUUGGCAUCAUGCUGGGUGGAAUCUACGGAAACGCCGCUGCCACCGCGCUCGAUGACUGUCCAUCCGAGGCCCGAGGCUUUAUUUCCGGACUGUUGCAGCAGGGCUACACGUUCGGCUACCUUCUCGCCGUGGUCUUCACCAGAGUGCUCGCAGACAACGUCGAAAUGGGCUGGAAGUCGCUGUUUCUGCUUGGUGGCUCGGUUUCGCUGUGUCUGUUCGCUUUCAGACUCUCGCUGCCAGACACCAAGGCGUUUGUGCGCCAGAGAGAAAUCGAGCAGUACAACAGAGAAUGCGGCAUUCCGCAGCCAACGUUCUCGCAGAAGGCCAUCGGCGCUCUCAAGAACUAUUGGGCCAUGAUCAUCUAUCUCGUGCUGCUCAUGGCCGGCUUCAACUUCAUGUCGCACGGCUCCCAGGACCUGUAUCCUACGAUGCUGACGAAGCUGUACAACUAUUCGCACGACAGAUCCACUGUGACGAACUGCGUGGCCAACAUCGGCGCUUUCGUGGGCGGUAUUAUCGUCGGCCACUUUUCCAACUUCAUCGGCAGACGUCUGUCGAUCCUCAUCUGCUGCGUCUGCGGUGCCGCGCUGCUGUACCCAUGGGCGUUCAUCAAAGGCACUGGAAUCAACGCGGGCGCCUUUUUCCUGCAAUUUUGCGUCCAGGGCGCCUGGGGUGUCAUUCCAAUCCAUCUGUCGGAGCUUGCUCCGCCAGACUUCCGUUCGUUCGUUGUCGGUGUCGCUUAUCAGCUCGGUAACCUUGCCUCGUCGGCCUCUUCGACCAUCGAGACGACGAUGGGCGAGCAUUUCCCAAUCGACGGCCAGGACCCUUCGGAGGUGUUUGACUAUGCUACCGUGAUGGUUAUUUUCGUCGGAGCUGUGUUCGCAUACGUGUUUUUGAUCACGCUGGUCGGCCCGGAGAACAAGAUGGUGUCCCUCACACAUAACAUCGAGGAGGAGGAGCAGGAGGUUGCCCACGAGAACCAGGUCUGA